GAACUGUGACUUCUGGGCUGACGAUUAAGCAGCAAGAAGAGUCACGUGACAUUCGUACAGGAUAAAUAUCAUGCGAUAUUACUGUCGGCACAAGCAUGAGAAAUUAUUGCUGUGAUGAGUGUCUAAAUAUUGAAGGACGAAAAGCCAGUGUGAAAUUGAUGAUCUGUUGAUGAACGAGGUGGUACUCACUUUGAUCUAGAGAAGAUGUCUUCUACACAGAAACACUUAUUAAUGACUUUGGCCACGUAUUUAUUGUGGACUGUUAGUCUUCUCUAUGGGGUUAGGCCUUCCGGAAGUAAAGAUGCUGAGCUUGAACCUGAAUUUGCAGAACCAAUCCCCAACGUUACUGUGUCAAUAGGAAGAGAUGUAAAACUCGCCUGCGUUGUGGAAAACCUAGGAUCCUACAGGAUUGCGUGGAUCCAUACUGACCGCUAUACCCUACUGACCCUGCAAAAUAGGGUUAUCACCAGGAACCCUAGAUUUAGCAUCGCCCACAAUGGUCACCGAACGUGGACGUUACACAUCACGGAAGUGGAAGAGCGAGAAAAUGGAGAAUACAUGUGUCAAAUUAACACCUCCCCGAUGAAGAGCCAAAGUGGGUUCAUCAACGUUGUAGUCCCUCCCAGAAUAGACGAAGGAAACACCAGCACCGACAUGGAGGUUAAAGAAAACGAGGAGGUUACUUUAAAAUGUGUUGCCACAGGCUCUCCAGAACCUACCAUAACGUGGAGAAGAGAGGAUAAUCAACCAAUAUCUAUUGGAAGCAAAAAAGUACCUUCUGUAACCGGACCAUAUCUGGUUAUUCUGAAAGUCACCAGGCAUCAUAUGGGAGCAUAUUUGUGUAUAGCGUCCAAUGGUGUUCAACCAUCUGUCAGCAAACGGAUAUUGCUGGGAGUACUUUUUCAUCCCGCCAUCUCGAUACCAAACCACGUAGUCGGUGCUGCUAUUGGAAGUGACGUCAUCCUGGACUGUCAGUUAGAGUCUCAUCCGAAGUCCGUGGCUUAUUGGAUCAGAGGAAAAGACGUUUUCAUCGUCAUUUCUAACGAAAAGUAUGAAGCCAAAGAGAUAGCCAAGGGCACUUACAAGACUCAGUUGAGCCUCCAGAUUCGAGAUCUCGAACCUGAUGACUUUGGCACUUACUAUUGUUCAGCAAAGAACUCACUCGGAGAGGCAGAAGGAAUUAUUAAACUGUACGGUGAGUAA